GCCAGUGCGCGCUUCAUCGGCAUGAACCGAUCUACAACUUUAUAGGAUAAUAAAUGACGAAUCGUCAUGGUUGAGAGUGAAGAAAAAAAAAUAUCCAACAAGAAAAGAAUAUGACUCCACCAACGCAAAUGCAUCAGAAACUACCACCAAAGUAAAAACAAUUAAACAACGCCUCCGACGAAACGAAACAAACAAUGACAGACCACUUCUCCCUCCUGAGUCUCACAAUCCGCUUCUCCUCCUCAAUCCCAGACGUCCUCCUCGAAAUCCCCGACCCAGCCCACCUGACAGCCGCAGGCCUCAAACAGCUCAUACGCCAACGACUCCCGCAUGAUCUCUCCACACACCGCCUCCGCCUCAUAUAUGCCGGCAAAGCUCUCGACGAUGCCUCCUCGCUCGCCUCCUCGCUAAACAUCGCCGCUACCCUACCUAGGAUUAGGGAUGAGAUCACCUCGUUCCCGGUACCGGAUUCCUUCUCUCGCGCAGGAGAUGGAAGGGGUGGUGGUGGUAAUGGGAGUGGGAAAGACAAGGGCAAAGCACCCGUGCGGGACCCCCCCGCGCCACGACUACGGACCUACAUUCACUGCUCGAUUGGUGAUAUUAUCCUCUCCCCAAAGGAGUUAGAGGCUGAGGCGCAGCUGGCGCGUGUAGCGGAGGAAAAUGAUAGUGCAAAAUGGGAAGGCAAGGGGUCGGACGGGUCAUCCACUCGGCUAAAACCUUCGUCUGCCGCUUCAUCCUCCGCCUCCGCCUCCAACAUCCUACCCCCACCACGAUCGUCGACAUCGGGCAGUUUUGCAACUUCUACUUCCGCAACCGCACCACGUGGUACCACCUCGCUCUCGCUUUCGCCCUCCUCCGCUACUGAUCACGUCCAAUCUUCAUUAACCGCCAGCCGCCCACCACCCAACGCGCCCGGUCCCAGGGGCUUCGACCGCCUGCUAGAUGCAGGCUUCACAGCGGCAGAAGUCUCCGCGCUGCGCUCGCAGUUUCUCGCCCUCCAGUCACUCUCGCAUACGCCGGAUACGAUGCCGUCCGGCGCAGAGCUACGACGGCUAGAAGAUAUAUGGAUGGACGAGGGAGGUUCUGCGGGCUCUGUGGAAGGAGAAGGUGGCGGCGGCGCGGGGGCGGCUGGGGGCGGUGGUAGUGCGGGGAUUGCCAAUUAUGGAGUCGGCUCAACGUCGGGGGCGGCGGGGCCACUGGAUGAUAUGUUGUGGGGAUCUGUGAUGGGGUUCUUUUGGCCUGUGGGGUGUGGGCUGUGGUUGUUGAGGGAGCAAGGGGUUUGGAGUUGGAGGAAAGGGUUGGCGGUUUUUGUGGGGAUUGUGGUUAAUUUCGGCUUUGGGGUUGUGAGGUUUUUGAAUUGAGGGUCGUUGAAUUGCAUUAUGUUUAUCCGUAAAUGUUUUUUGGUUUUGUGUUUUAUAGCGCUUUUGUUUAAUCCCUUUGGUUUUGGCUGGAGCCAUGACUGGAUAUGUACUCCGUAGAUGAUAGAUGAUAAAGCAUUAGAUACCCACGCAUCUAGCAUAGUUUUAGCUCAUAAUGAAUUCAUAACAUUAAUAUAUCGUGUGGCGGGUUGUCUCCAUCAGAAUCCGCUCAUCUGGUACGUAAAAGGGAAAACCAACAGGGCUAUAGUAGGAGUAGGGAAUACCCGUAUCAUACAAAAUCGCAAAUGAAUCAGUAGUGAUAUAUAAAAUGACUGGGACAAGUGGGA